AUGCCAGCCAAAGUGAAGAACGCCACCAAGAAGCAAGGACAAAAACGUCAGCGAUCCAAGCAAAAGAACAAUUCAAAGAGACGCAAGCUCGACGUGGACUAUGAGGAAUUGGGUGAUAUCGACUCUUGGGACUGGAAUGAAGUGUCAACCACUACUACUCCCAUGGCCGGCGAUCUAGGUGGUUUUCUUUGUCUCGAGGAAAUUGACGAUGUGGCCGUCGACUAUGAAGGAGACGAUCAAACUGGCCGAGUCGCCAAGUUCAAGCGUAUCAAAAAAGAGGAUCGAAAGCCUGGAAAGCCUGCCAAGCCCACUGAGCCUAUGGAUAUUGCAGAGAUGAAGGACUAUUAUGACCUCGACACCUUUGAUGACAAGUUGGCAGAGAAGGCUGCAAAGAAGAACAAGAAGAAAAAGAAUCCCAAAGAGGAACAACCCCCUAGCGAAGACAACGAAGAAGAAGAAGUGGAAGAUGAUGAUGUCAAUGAUGAUGCGAUGGCUGAAGAGGAAGACCAUGAGGAGGAGGAAAAAGAGGCUAGUUCUGAGGAUGAAGCUUCUGAUGCUGAAGAGGAGGAUCAAGAUGAAUCCAAACCUGAUGAUGAUGAGGUCCCUCAAGAUGUUGACGUUUCAGCAUGGGAGGGUUUUCAAUUGGCAGAGCCUAUCAUGAGUGCAUUGAAGUAUCACAAAUUCACGCAACCAACACCUAUCCAAGAAAAGACACUUGGUCUUGCAUUGAAAGGUCGUCAUAUCGUUGGUGCUGCUGAAACGGGUUCUGGUAAAACACUCGCUUUCUCGAUGCCUAUUGUACAACAUAUUUUGGCAAACGGCGACGCCGAUGAUUCACGUUUAUAUGGUCUUAUCUUGACGCCCACGAGAGAAUUGGCCAUGCAAGUCAAAGAUCACAUUGUGAACCUUGCAAAGUUUUCAAAGAUCAAGGUCGCUGCUAUUGUGGGUGGUAUGUCCAUCGACAAGCAACAACGUUUAUUAAAGAACCAGCCGAACAUCAUUGUUGCCACACCUGGUCGUUUAUGGGAAAUCUUUUCGGGAGAACCCACGUAUAUGGACAUGCUCAAGCACAUCAAGUUCCUUGUAUUGGAUGAAGCCGACAGAAUGCUUGAAAAGGGACGUUUUGAAGAGCUGACCAAUAUCCUUGAUGUUUUAUCAGAUAAGAAACAAUUUACCACCGAUUGGCCCGAGGAAGCUGAGAAUGGCAAAGUGAAAUCCAUGAAGAGACAUAAUGCGGAGCACCAGACGUUUGUGUUUACGGCAACCUUGGGCACUGAUUUGCGAUUCCACAAGUCGAAGAAGCAAAAAGCGAAAGCAAAGCAACCUGGAUCGAUGCAGGACCUUGUUGAAAGAUUGAACCUUGUCGGCAAAAACCCUGCUAUUGUGGAUAUCACAACUGAAAAGGCGGUAGCAUCGCGGUUGGUGGAAGCCAAGAUUGAUUGUGUCAAGGAAGAAAAGGAUCUCUAUGUCUAUUAUUUCGUUACAAGAUAUCCUGGUCGUACCAUCAUCUUUGUCAACAGCAUCGAUGCUAUUCGGAGGUUGAUUCCAGUCUUCAAGCUCUUGAACAUUGAUGUAUUAGGCCUCCAUGCCCAGAUGCAACAGCGACAACGUUUGAAGAAUCUUGAUAGAUUCAAGGCCAGUGAUAAAGCAGUAUUGGUGGCUUCCGAUAUCGCUGCACGUGGUUUGGAUAUCCCAUCCGUAGAUCAUGUCAUUCACUAUCAGAUCCCACGCUCAGGCGAGAUUUAUGUCCAUCGUAGUGGUCGUACAGCUCGUGCCAAUCAUGAAGGUGUCUCUUUGCAACUAUGUGGUCCAGAGGAAAUCAAAUUGUAUACAAAGCUUUGUCACACCCUCCGGAAAGGAGAACAAUACCCCGAUUUCCCUGUUGACUUGGGCAUCUUGAAUGAAAUGAAAAAGCGUGUCAAAUUGGCUGCCGAAAUUGAUAAGCUUGAACAUCAGGAACAAAAGCGACAUCAUGAGGAUAAUUGGCUACGUAAUAUGGCAGCUGAAAUGGAUGUGGAUUACGAGGAGGAUAACAGCAAGCAUCAAAAGUCCAGCAAAACAGACAACACGAUACGAUCCAAAAAGGCACAAUUGAAGCAAUUAUUGACCAAGCCCAUGUUACCAUUUGGUGUUUCUAAAAAGUACAUUACGGGUGGUCUCAUUGAAGGACUCGCUGAUCGUAUCAUUGAAAAUAACAAGGGUAAAAACAAAUUGCUUCCGACGCAAGCUUCGACCAAAGCAUUGGAGGAUAUUCGUUCGCGUGGUGGUAGUGGUGGUCGUAGUAGUAGUAAAAGUAAAAGUAGUAGUAAAUAG